GUCAUAGAGUCAGCUAGGUUUUUGGGUUGGGAUUACCUCUGUAAAACCUGCUUCAUGUGGAAUGAUAAUAUCUGUACUCUGUGAAGCUGUGAUUGGAACGUGGUUGUGGAAAAAGACGCCCCCUAGCUCGAGUUUUCCAGCUGUGGCACUUAAAGACACUUUCCUACAGAGCUUGCGGCCACAGAAAGAUUUAGAGGAUGGAUGACCAAGAUAGACCACAGCGUAAAAUGUCCAGAGCGGGUGAAUCAUUAUAUGAAGUACUUGGCCUUAAAAAGGGGGCAACACAAGAGGACAUCAAAAAAGCCUAUAGAAAACUUGCACUAAAGUAUCAUCCAGACAAGAAUCCAGACAAUCCUGAGGCGGUAGAAAAGUUUAAAGAAAUUAACAAUGCCAACACUAUCUUGAACGAUGAAAACAAGCGGAGGAUGUAUGAUGAAUAUGGCUCCAUGGGAUUGUAUGCAGCAGAACAGCUUGGAGAGGAGGGAGUCAAGUACUACUUCCUAUUGAGCAAAUGGUGGUGUAAGGCUCUAGUCGUAUGCUGUGGAAUUUUCACAUGCUGCUGCUGCUGUUUCUGCUGUGGAAAGUGCAGACAUCCAGAAGAUAGUGAACAUUACCAGUAUGUAGAUCCUGAAGACUUAGAAGCUCAGAUACGAGCAGAACAAAAUUCAGGAGGAAACCCCACCAUUGUUGUGCAGCCAUAUUCAUCUACUGGUGCUUCAGAAUUCACACAGCUCUCUUCUGAACAGAAGGUCAGCUACUCAAGAAAUGAUGAGUAAUAAUGGGGAACAGUAUUUCAUCAUAUCUCAAGACGUUUACUUUGUCAGAUCUUUCUCAGUCCAUAUUCUGUUAAAGUUCUACCACUCAUAAAUAACCUUCUGUGAAACAUUUAUGUGGAAAGAGUUUGAAACCAAAAGUGAAGCAUACUCAAAUGAAGCCUUCAUAACAACCCAUCAGAAAAUAUCCCUCCACCCUUCCGCUUUGUAUCUGUUCAUUCCCUGUCUGGAAUAUGUUAUGUCCGACAGCUGAUGCUGUGUUUGGGACUGUUGUGGGGAUUGUGUUGAUUUUUAUCCUUCUCUUAAUCACCAGCACUGACUAUCUGUUAAAACUGUUGACUUGGAGGUACUGGAUUUUCUGCUGUCAUAUCGGUAAAGAGUGCCAUGCUUUCUCUGUUACUUCAUCCUGUUGUCACAUUAUGCACUACAUCUAGACCUCUAUGCAUUGUUGAGGGGACCAUGGACUGGCACUUACGAAGAGAUUAAUAAGCUGUUGACUGUGAUGCUGCUCCACAUACUAUAUUUAUGCAGAAGAUCCCACACAGAAGCUCAGCAGAGUUUAACAUUGACAAGCUGGGAGUAAUUGUGUGCUGUGGAUUUCAGAUGCCCAUUUCAUGUAUCGUAGUCAUUCAGACUGUGGAAACCAUUCUCUAGUGCCUGCUUCUGGCUAGAAUGUUAAAGGAUUUAGAAUAUGCAAUUUAAACAGUGUUUAUUAACUCUUAACAUGCCGGCUGUAUUUGCCUACUAAGAGGUUAUUGCAUGCAUAGUGUUAGUUUGUGCACCUGCUAUUGUCAUUGGGCCAUGAUUCAUUAUAGCUGUGUAAGUGCCACUUAUGUUCUCUUAACAUAUUCUCUGUCUUAAGCCAUAUUUUUUGGAACUGAUAAGCUGUCAUUCAGGACCCCUUAUGUUACUUGCUAGGAGUCGUUAAAAUGGCACAUCAUAGUAAAGCCAGUAAAUAUCUCUGUGUUUCUAUUUGUGUAGUCACAUGGCCUGUCUUAGAUUCACAGUCCAAGGCACCAAACGUGCUGAUGAGGGAGUAGUGAAGCCAAAGCACAGACCAGCUGCAGAAGCAGAUCAUAAUGCCAAAUAGUUUCUCUUACAGGUGUGGUCAUGAUGGAACUUGCCAAUAGGUUUUCUGGUGUGCAUUUGCAGCCUUAGUUGGUCCUUAACUAUAGGUACUUCCCUUUCAGAAGGGAAGGAAUCUUGGAUGGUCUAGGAGUCGAGGAUACACUAGCACACUGUUAAAUCCAGAACAAUUUAUGUACCCAUAAGAGACAUUUUCAACAGCAGUUCAGUACUAGUAGUAUUGGUAGUACAACAACAAGUUGUAUUAAGUAGUUGGAAUCCAGUCCUUCCUUUUUCAGCAAAGAAGCUUUUAUACUACAGGGUAUAACUUGCUGCUUAGGACCUUCAUACUUCUAAAGAACAACCUACUCUAGCAGACCAGCACCAGUGUCAAAUAGAAUAAUACUAUCAGUGUGUUUUGACAAAUUUACUAUAUUUAAAGUUUAGGGGGAACCAUGCAUGGAUGUGUUUGCAUCCUAGCCUUUAGUUGUGGAAGCUUCCACUUAUGGAAUUCUGCAGGUUUCCAUAUGGGGACAUUGUGAUUAGUCCUGAUUCAGAUGGUAUGCUAAUCCGUGUAAGAGUCCAGCCUUCUUUUAGGUCUUUGUUAACUUAAAUUUAUGACAUCUCUGUUUUACUCCCAUGUUAGAAACAUCACGGUUUGCUGGAAGGAAAAUUUUCUAUCCUGAAGUUAUGAAGUUUUGUCCUGUUAAAUGUUCAUAUUGAGCAGUGUAAAAUGGUUGUUUUAAGCAGUGGCUACAAGAACAAGUAGUUUGGACACUGAGAACUGUGUAAAAUUACUCACUAUGAUGGAUUACAUAUCUGAGCAGAUGCAGUGAUUUGAAGCCAACAGAACAGUGACCCGAGUCAGUGGUAUUAGUAUUUGGUUACCUUGUCCAUUUCAUUGUGCGACUUUCUUUUCUGAGGGUGCAGUUUGCCCCAGCAGUGACAAGAUCUCUGUCCAGAUUUCCAUGUUUAGCAUAUUUUCCUUUAACAUAUCUUUCAAGUGGUCUUUUAACUUCAACCCUCCUUUUUGGCUUGGGAUGUUGGUUUAUGUAAGGACAUACUUGUGCAGAUUAUUCUGAGCUCUCAACCUCUGGCACUGCCAGACUUUUUGCUUGAAAAUAAUCUUAGUGGCUGCAACCUCACAACAAAAGAAAGUUUUACAUAGCAGUUAGUGCAAAGGAUUACGACUCUAGCACUUAACAAGCUGCUUCCUGUAGCCAAGAGUACAGGGUGCAAAGGAUUACAACUCUAGCUCUUAACAAGCUGCUUCCUGUAGCCAAUGGUACAGGGUUUGAUUCCUUCCAUCUCCAGUUGCCUGCUGUGGAACUUUGAGUAAGUUACUUAACCAGACUGCUCCCAGGUCACCUCUGAAAAGGGACACGUUGUCUAGUGGGCUUACUUGGUUAAUAAAUAGAAAAUAAGUAACUAUUUAUCUGCAAUACCUUAAGAAGACCGACUUUUUUUUUUUGCAUUAAUAAUUUGAUUCUUCAUUUCUCUGGGAACUGUCAUUUUUAGGUGGUGUCAGGAGUUAUUCUGUUGUCAGUUUUCCUUUUUUCCUUUACUGAGCAUUCUGCCCAAUGUUUAGGAAUGUGCCACACCCAUAGUAUAUUGAGAGAACUCUUCUUCACAUUGUGAAACGUAAGGUGUUAGGAAGAAGUGUGUAGCUGUUAAAAUGUCUGAGAACCCUGUACCUCUUACUCUGGAAAAGAUUUUUCUCCAUGUAGACUGUUCUUUCAUUUAAAUUUUAUAAAGAUUAGACCAGUGAUACCACUCUCUUCUACGAGGAAGACAGGUGCCACCAUAUCUAUUUUUUUUUCCAAACAUCUUUAUUAAAUCUUACAUAUAUAUAAAUGAAAAACAUAGAGGCUUUUACUUUAGUUGCAGUUUACAUCAUAGACACCAUUGAAACAACUGUAGUUGCAAACCUUAUACAUCACUUAUAAACCAUCAGUCAUUGUCAGUUAAACAUUAUAUAGCUCAUUCAAAUCCCGCUUCUUAAAA